UGGAAGAAGGGGGUGAUGCAGUUGCAGAUAGCUGGAGCAGGAGAAAGAAACAAAAGAAGCUGUAUGUCAACGAUUGAUCAUGGAGGAGGCGGAACUGGUGGGAGGAGAAAGAAGCAUCCGACUGAGAAAGAGGAAGUGAUACUACACCCGCGAGACCUGAAAAUAGCGUGGGGCUCCGAUGGAACUCAGUGGAAGAUUGAGCAUUCAAACGAUGAGCAAAAUAGCUAUGCAGAAGCAGUCAAAGUGAUAUGGUUCGAAGUAAAGGCUACGUACAAGAAUGCAAAACGAGGGAGCAAAUAUAAUAUUGGGUUCAAUAUCAGCCUAAAGUCUGAGGCCUUUGGGUGGGAGAGCAGUCCAGUGUUCCUGAUGGCCAAGGUUGGAGAAUCAGGAUCCUACACUUGGAAAAGGCUCUAUCUCACUGACAUGGAAGCCGAGAAGCCUUUCAACAUUCCCGACAAUUUUGAGAUCGUUAUUCCAAUCACCGCCAAGGACACCACCCUGCAAUUCGGCCUUUAUGAAAUCUGGGGUGGCAGAUGGAAGGGAGGCUUGUGCAUUCAUCAUGCUUAUGUUACCAAAGUUUGAUCCACCUCAUAACACUCUUUCUUACUCAAACUACCCUGCUCUCCCAUCCCAUCACUUCCACGACCACUGUAUUCAUUUCACUCGCUCUUUCCCCACUACAGUUAUAUAUUACAAUCUAAAUAAUCCAUUAUUGAUUA